GUAUAUUUGUUGAGGAGCUUAAGAUGGAGGAGAUAAGUAAUCAAUCAUUUUCAGUGACGGCGUCCAACAACAAUAGCAAGCCCACUUAUCCAGAAAACUACGAGGCGUGCAUGGAUAUCCUCCUUUUGAUUAAGAAGGGAUAUGAAUUUGCAAAGAAGUUGUCAUUAGAAGGAACGAAGCUUUUCUCAAAAACGAAGAAAUCUCCAACAGAAAGCCCGCGAGGGGAUGCAGAGAACCAACAAGCAACCAGAAGCCGAAGCCAUGAAUUAGUUCCUUCAAAUUACGACACGUGCUUUGACAUCCUCAAAUUUGUGUCCAAGGCAAUGUUAGUCGUACUUGGAUUUGGUUCAUCGGAUAUAAGAAAAUUGGAGGAUAAAAAAAAGAAGCAUAUAAUUGAUUAUCAGUUUCAAUCGGAUAUAAGAAAAUGGAGGAUAAAAAAACAAAGUAAGCCAUACAGUGGUCUGCCCAAAAUCAAUGGAAGGAACUUCUCCAACGCGCUAGCAAUGUAA